AUGAAAUGUAUAAAAGACGAAGCGGGGAAGAUUUUGACGGACGAUGAGGAAAUAAAAGAACGCUGGAAGAGAUACUUUAAUAACUUGAUGAAUGAAGAAAAUGAAUGGAGCGGAGUGUUAGAAAAUGUACGAAGUAAUGAAGGAAUGGUGAAAGAGGUAAGUAUAGAGGAAGUGAAGAUGGCAGUGCAGAGUAUGAAGAAUAGAAAAGCAGUUGGGCCAGAUAGUUGCGCAUUCGUAAAGUUUAGUUCACACCAGGAAGCACAGGCCGCCAUCACAAGUCUGCACGGCAGUCAAACUAUGCCUGGUGCGUCUUCGAGCCUAGUAGUAAAAUUCGCAGACACGGAGAAGGAACGUCAAUUGCGUCGGAUGCAGCAGAUGGCCGGCAACAUGAGUCUCCUGAACCCUUUCGUGUUCAACCAGUUCGGCGCGUACGGCGCCUACGCUCAGGUCAUCACUGAGCAAGUUGAUCUUCAACAACAAGCAGCGCUGAUGGUAGCAGCAACUGCGCAGGGCUACAUCAGCCCUAUGACGGCACUCGCAUCGCACGCGUUGAAUGGCAUGGCCAACUCUGUUGUGCCGCCUAAUUCCGAUAAUUUCUCCGGGUUGGCGAUAGGCACAGGGGGCGCGCAACCACUGAACGGCGCCUUGCCAUCCCUGCCGUCACCGACCAUGCCGGGGUUCAACAUGGCCGCCCAGACCGCUAACGGCCAACCGCCGCCGCAAGACGCCGUCUACACUAAUGGCAUUCACCAGACGUUUACCGGGCCCGUCCCGGUCACGGCGCAGGGCAUACCAAAUGGCGAGGCGGCGCUGCAACACGCAGCGUAUCCCGGCAUGCAACCCUUCCCCGGCGUCGCUUACCCAGCGGUUUAUGGACAGUUUCCGCAACCCAUACCUCCGCCGAUGUCGACCAUUGCGCCCGCGCAGAGAGAAGGCUGUUCCAUCUCGGGGCCUGAGGGCUGCAACCUCUUCAUAUACCACUUACCGCAGGAGUUCGGCGACAGCGAACUAAUGCAGAUGUUCCUCCCGUUCGGAAACGUGAUCAGCAGCAAGGUCUUCAUUGAUCGUGCCACCAACCAGAGCAAAUGUUUCGGCUUUGUAUCGUUCGAUAACCCGGCGUCAGCCCAAGCGGCCAUCCAGGCGAUGAAUGGAUUUCAAAUUGGCAUGAAGCGGCUAAAGGUUCAGCUGAAACGGCCAAAGGACGCCAACCGGCCUUAUUAA